GUGGCUCUCCUGCCCCCCCAGUGCUGCAUGCUGCCCCAAGCUGCCCCCCACUCCCCUGGGCAUCAAUGGCUGAGUGGACUUUAGCCCUGAACUGAGUGGCCAGCUCACCAUGGGUCUCUGCUGGAUUGUGUGUCUGUGUCUGCUGCCCCUGGCAAUGGCUGUGGAAGAAACCUUGAUGGAUUCAACGACAGCGACAGCAGAGUUAGGUUGGACCGUGCAGCCAUCAUCAGGAUGGGAAGAGGUGAGCGGUUACGACGAAAACAUGAACACCAUCCGAACGUAUCAGGUUUGUAACGUCUUCGAGUCAAGUCAAAAUAACUGGCUAAGGACCAAGUACAUCCGCAGGAGAGGCGCUCAGAGAAUCCACGUGGAGAUGAAAUUCUCCGUGCGGGACUGUAGCAGCAUUCCCAACGUCCCCGGCUCCUGUAAGGAAACGUUCAAUCUGUAUUACUAUGAGUCAGACUAUGACUCUGCCACCAAGACGUUUCCUCUGUGGAUGGAGAAUCCUUGGGUUAAAGUUGACACAAUAGCCGCUGAUGAAAGUUUUUCCCAGGUCGACCUUGGAGGCCGUGUAAUGAAAAUUAACACAGAGGUGCGGAGUUUUGGACCUGUCUCCAAAUCUGGAUUCUAUUUAGCAUUCCAGGACUAUGGAGGAUGCAUGUCCCUAAUUGCAGUAAGAGUCUAUUACCGAAAGUGUCCUCGAGUGAUCGAGAAUGGGGCCGUAUUCCAGGAGACAUUGUCAGGAGCAGAAAGCACCUCUCUUGUGGCAGCUCGAGGGAUAUGCAUACCCAACGCAGAAGAGGUGGACGUACCCAUUAAACUCUACUGCAACGGUGACGGAGAGUGGCUGGUGCCCAUUGGGCGGUGCAUGUGUAAAGCCGGAUAUGAAUCGGUAGAGAAUGGAACUGUUUGCCGAGGUUGCCCCACUGGGAUGUUUAAGGCAAAUCAGGGUGAUGAGAGCUGCAUCCAUUGUCCAAUUAACAGUCGCACCACGUCUGAAGGGGCCACGAACUGCGUGUGUCGGACUGGAUACUAUCGAGUAGACUCAGACCCCAUCCAGAUGCCAUGCACCACGACACCAUCUGCUCCGCAGAACGUGAUCUCCAGCGUGAACGAGACGUCUCUGAUGUUGGAGUGGUUGCCUCCAAGAGACUCUGGGGGACGGGAAGAUCUUGUCUAUAAUAUAAUCUGCAAGAGCUGUGGAUCCGGCCGCGGGGCCUGUACACGGUGUGGAGAUAAUGUACAGUUUGCCCCACGUCAGCUUGGCCUAACGGAGCCGCGGGUUUAUAUCAGUGACCUCCUGGCCCACACCCAGUACACCUUCGAGAUCCAAGCAGUGAAUGGCGUAAACGACCAGAGUCCGUAUUCACCCCAGUUCGCAUCCGUCAACAUCACCACCAACCAAGCAGCGCCAUCCACCGUGUCCAUCAUGCACCAAGUCAGUCGAACUGUAGACAGCAUCACGUUAUCUUGGUCCCAGCCCGACCAGCCCAAUGGUGUCAUCCUAGACUACGAGCUUCUGUUUUAUGAGAAGGACCUUACAGAACACAACUCAUCCGUGGUAAAAAGCUCUACCAACACUGUGAUAGUGCCAGGUCUAAAAGCGGGCACAAUAUACGUCUUCCAGGUGCGCGCACGCACGGUGGCAGGUUACGGCCGAUACAGCGGCAAGAUGUAUUUCCAGACCAUGACGGAAGCUGAAUAUCAGAGCAGCUUCCAGGAGAAACUUCCCCUGAUUAUUGGUUCCUCCGCCGCAGGCCUCGUCUUCCUCAUCGCGCUCGUGGUCAUCAUCAUUGUCUGUAACAGAAGACGAGGCUUUGAAAGAGCCGAUUCCGAGUACACAGAUAAGCUCCAGCAUUAUACCAGUGGCCACAGUACGUACCGACUGCCUUCACCAGGGCUGGGUGCUCGUUCUCUCGUUGUGACUCCGGGAAUGAAGAUUUACAUUGAUCCCUUUACCUACGAGGAUCCAAAUGAAGCCGUCAGAGAAUUUGCCAAAGAGAUUGAUAUUUCCUGCGUGAAAAUUGAGCAGGUGAUUGGAGCAGGAGAAUUUGGGGAGGUUUGCAGCGGUCACCUGAAGCUUCCCGGUAAAAGGGAGAUUUUUGUGGCAAUAAAAACCCUGAAGUCUGGGUACACAGAGAAGCAGCGGCGAGACUUCCUGAGCGAGGCUAGCAUUAUGGGACAGUUCGACCAUCCCAACGUGAUCCAUUUGGAAGGAGUUGUAACCAAAAGUUCUCCAGUGAUGAUCAUCACGGAAUUCAUGGAGAAUGGGUCCCUGGACUCCUUCCUACGGCAAAAUGACGGUCAGUUUACUGUGAUCCAGCUGGUGGGCAUGCUGAGGGGCAUCGCAGCCGGCAUGAAGUAUUUAGCUGAUAUGAACUACGUCCAUCGUGAUUUGGCAGCACGGAACAUCUUAGUGAACAGUAACCUGGUGUGCAAGGUGUCAGACUUUGGUCUCUCUCGGUUCCUAGAGGAUGAUACGUCAGAUCCAACGUACACGAGUGCCCUGGGUGGUAAAAUUCCCAUUCGAUGGACGGCGCCAGAAGCGAUCCAGUACAGGAAGUUCACCUCUGCCAGUGACGUUUGGAGUUACGGCAUUGUCAUGUGGGAGGUGAUGUCAUACGGGGAGAGGCCGUACUGGGACAUGACCAAUCAAGAUGUGAUAAAUGCCAUUGAGCAAGACUAUCGACUGCCACCUCCGAUGGACUGUCCAAACGCCCUUCACCAGCUCAUGCUGGACUGUUGGCAGAAGGAUCGGAACCACAGGCCAAAGUUUGGACAGAUUGUUAAUACUCUGGAUAAAAUGAUCCGGAACCCAAACAGUUUGAAAGCAGUGGCUCCUCUAUCGUCUGGAAUCAACCUCCCGCUGCUGGACCGCACGGUACCCGAUUACACCAGCUUCAACACUGUAGACGAAUGGUUGGACGCCAUUAAAAUGGGCCAGUACAAGGAGAGCUUUGCCAACGCUGGCUUCACCUCGUUCGAUGUUGUAUCACAGAUGAUGAUGGAGGAUAUCCUACGAGUCGGGGUGACCUUAGCUGGACACCAGAAAAAAAUUCUCAACAGCAUCCAGGUUAUGAGAGCACAGAUGAAUCAGAUCCAGUCGGUAGAAGUUUAAUGUUGAAGAUUUGCUUCCUCGUCCUCAGACUUCCUUUGUCCUAUAGCUCCGAGCCACCCCUUUUCUCCCGCACCCCAAAACCUGGUUCAAUGAAGUUUCAGUAGCAGAUUCGGAGCAGGCAGGACCUUGUUUAACCUCUAUUUGGCCACUGAGAGGAUUCUUCCUUUAGCUUUAUCCUCAGAAAUGUGCCACACAUGAAGCAGAUAAUAUUUACUCCCGGGGUGAUGGGCCUGGGGUUCAUGAAGAUUAUUUUUUCAAAAUGUAGACAUACAGCAAUGGAUUUGUUUUAAAAAUACAAGUUAAAAAAAGGGCUUGAAGACAGUGGCCACAAUUUUCACAACUAAAAAAGGGAGACUGGGGGCAUCACGCCUUCCACUACACGAUUAUCAAAAACAUAGACUGCUGACAAAAUAUGCAGCGAAAAGCCUCGUUAUUUGGGGCUAAAAAAACCUAAAACACAAUUGGAAGGACCAGAUCUAGACACUGGGUGUAUGGCGCAUUUCAGGAGGGUUUCACGCCGUGAGCCUGCACAUAAACUCUUACGUCAAGAGGAAGAGGAAAUUAUAGAGAGAAAAAAAACAGAGCUGAAAUGUUAUUUCCAUUAAAUGGACCGAUUGCAUCUCUGAAUACAACUCUUCACCUUGAAGAUGUUACAAAAAGCAAAAUAAAGGCUUUUUCUGCGGAAGGAGAAGAUGCCUUUGAGACUUAAGUGUUUGAAAAUGUUACAAGAGACGAUUCCUUUUUAGCUUGUUUUGUGAGUUAUACAUUUUGCAGGGGCCGCCGAUGCCACACCUCAGAGCGCGUCUCAUACAUAUCAUGUGCACAAAAGUGAUGUCAUCACUAACUGCCAACGACCCCUUUCUCAGAAGAUUCCCUAGUAGAGUGUGUAGUCGGUUUUAAUUACAAAACUCUGAAGUGUAAAAAAUGUUAUGUCGUCAAUGUUGUUGUUGUUCGGGAACAUGUUCCUACUAUGUUUACACCACUUUGACUUUUUUUAAAUUGUUUUUAAAUACUCAAA